AUUUUGUGAAUAAUUAGGAAAACUAGAGUAUUUUAAUUUGAUGUUUUUUUAAAGGAUGGAGGCAACAAAUCUGGCAUUGUCUCCGCGGGAGACGCUCAAGCCACGCGACCACAAGGCCAUGCAGCUCAACAGCAAACCCAACCAAGUGUCAACGGUGCUUCUAUACGGGGUCCCGAUCGUGGCGCUGGUGAUCGAGGGUGUGGAGCGGCUCUGCCUGGCCCAGAUCUCCAACACGCUCCUCAAGCAGUUCUCCUACAACGAGAUCCAUAACCGGCGGGUAGCGCUAGGGAUUACUUGCGUGCAGUGCACGCCAGUCCAGCUGGAGAUACUACGUCGGGCUGGCGCCAUGCCCGUGUCCUCGCGGCGCUGUGGUAUGAUUACGCGGCGAGAGGCAGAGAGGUUGUGCAAGUCGUUCCUAGGCGACAACGCUCCGCCGCGACUCCCUGACGACUUCGCCUUCGCCGUUCACCAUGAGUGCGCCUGGGGCUGCCGAGGCGCCUUUUUACCUGCUAGGUACAAUUCAUCUCGCGCAAAAUGCAUCAAGUGCGCAUACUGCGGCCUGUUCUUCUCCCCCAAUAAGUUCAUCUUCCACUCUCACCGCGUGGGCCCCGGCGACAAGUACGUGCAGCCCGACGCGGCGAACUUCAACUCGUGGCGCCGCCACAUGAAGCUGAGCGGGUCGCCGCCCGACGAGGUCGUGCAUGCUUGGGAGGACGUCAAAGCCAUGUUUAAUGGCGGGACGAGGAAGAGGAUGCUGUCCGCUGCUAGACGAGUGUCGAUCCGCAGGCCGGAGGCGGAGGCGGGCGAAGCGAAGCGCGCGGCGGCGAGUCCACCGGCGCACGCGCCCGUGCCACGGUUGGCAGACUACGUGUGGGGUGCGCGGCUGCCGUUGCCUUACGCUCUACCCUGGCUCAAGCCAACGUUGUGGUCGCCAGGAGCAUUGACAGCAUUAAGCAGCGUGGGGUCACUUGAGGAGCCGCGCGCGUUCCGGCCCGUGCGGCGCGAGUCACCACCGUCACCCGGCAUGUCUUCAAGGUCACCGUUGUCACCGAACAGAUCGCCUCUAGCGUCACCAGCGCGAGCUCGCUCCCCGCGAUCACCUCACCGCUCUCCGCACCGCUCACCGCACCGCUCGCCCCACCGCUCACCGCACCGCUCGCCGCGUAGCAGCGAACGCGACAGCGAUGAAAGCGUGGACAUCGAGACCACCGAGGAAGACAAGCGAGAUGUGAGUUGCCCAUGGCCAUGCCGAGUGCGAGAGGAUUGGGGAGCCCUGGUGCCCAAGGUCGAACGCGAGGAGGAACCUGAGCCCUGGCGCUUGCCUGACCUCCGUCCGCCCGCCCACUACUUGCCCCCUCCAGAGCGAGACGCGUGCGCAGCGUGUGUGGCGCCCCUUCCGCUGCUUCCGCCCGCGCCGGCGCCACACUAGCGCCACCGCAUCUGAGCACGAAGCAAUAUCAAACUUUAUUUAAGCACUUAGAAAGGACGGUCAAC